AUGGCAAAUUGGUACCAGUACCGUGACCCCAACUAUUAUGGUCUGGGGGCUUAUAAUACAGAGAUAGCAGCUGAAGCAGGGGAAAGUGUAGCAGCGGUAGCUGCAGAGGAUGUGCCGACCCCCGCUGCAGGUGGCCACUUCCGUGAAGGAGCUAUAGGCCUCAUGGAAGACGUGAUUCAAAAAGGUUACCUCAACCAUGAGGGCGCUGUGAACCACCGAGGCAUUGACUACCUUGAGGCCAAUGGUGGCAAGCAGCAGCCCCGGCAGGAGCAACAGGCCGGGCAGUCUGCAAACGAGGCUGCUGCAGUUCCGCAGCCUGGGGGCACCCGUCCACGAAUCCAAUACAAGUUCUCAAAGUGGCAGUUGCAGGAACUGGAAAGUGUUUUCCAAGUUACUCAAUACCCUGACAUGGCCACCAGAAAGGGACUUGCAAGAUGCAUCAAUGUGACUGACACUAAAGUGCAGGUUUGGUUUAACAACAGGAGAGCCAAAUAUAGGAAACAUCAGAGGAAAUUAAUGCUUGAAGAUGCAUCAUCUAGUUCCCAGGACCACAUGUUCCUGGCAAACAUGAAAAAUAACUAG